AUGCACAACCCCCAACCAACCCCAACCUCCGAAAGCAGUUCCCAUAAGGGAAACUGUCACUGCGGGGCCGUUCGGUUCAGCUUCACUCUUUCCCCGCCUCUACACGAGCACCCAGUUGUCAGCUGCAACUGCUCGAUCUGCAGCAGAAACGGCUAUCUGGUCGUCUACCCCAACAACGCGGAUUUCACUCUCGAGAGUGGCAAGGAAGUGCUGAAGAGUUACCAGUGUGCGAGUAGAUUUGCCCUGCACCGAUUUUGCGGGGAUUGUGGUAGCAGCUGCUUCAUUCAAUUUCCAGAUGAGCCCACUUCGCCCAAGUUUCUCGUUGUGAAUGUGUCGUUUGCUGAUCUUGAGAUGCAGGUCCGUAUGCUGGAGGACUUUGAUCCGGAUACGUUGAUUAUUAAGAAGAAGACUGAUGGCAAGACGUCUGGUGGGGAGUAUAAGCCUCAGGUUAAUCCAGUCUAG